UGCGAAGGCUAUACAGCAAUAAAAAACUAGUGUAACAUGAAGUAUGUCGUGCGCCUGACCGCAAUGCAAACUGGAACAACAAUAACAAACCAGUGAUUAUAUAGAGCUCAGUCGGUGGAAGUUUAAAGGGAAAAAACAACACUUUUGGACAAUCCAGGAAAAUAAAAGAUGAAUACGAUCACAGCUGUGAAACAAUAUAUAACUAAGAUGGUUGAGGACAGUGGUAGUGGCAUGAAAGUUUUGUUGUUGGACAAGGAAACUACUGGCAUCGUAAGCAUGGUUUACUCACAAAGUGAGAUUCUUCAAAAAGAAGUUUAUCUUUUUGAAAGAAUUGAUGUCCCAACACGGGAGACAAUGAAACAUCUCAAGGCUAUAACAUUUCUGCGACCUACAAAGGAAAACAUUGAACAUCUUAUAAAAGAAUUGAAGUCUCCAAAAUAUGGAAAUUAUUAUAUUUAUUUUUCCAACACUGUGAAACAAGCAGACAUCAAAGGAAUGGCUGAAGCUGACUGUGACGAGACUGUGAAAGAGUUGCAGGAAUAUUAUGCAGAUUAUUUUGCCGUCAGUCCACAUGUUGUAUCUUUAAAUUUACCUUUUUGUGCAAGAGCUGGGGGUUCAGCAUGGGAUGUGAAGGCACUUGAUCGAACAACUGAUGGACUGUGUGCAAUGUUGUUGUCUUUGCGCAAGUCUCCUCUCAUACGAUAUCAUGGUUUCUCAGACAUGGCCAGACGACUUGCUGGAAAUAUCAGACUUGCUAUAGACAAGAAUGCAACAAUAUUUGAUUUCCGUCGUCAAGAUAUUCCUCCAUUGUUGUUGAUCCUCGAUCGGUGUGAUGAUCCUGUGACACCUCUUCUCAACCAGUGGACUUAUCAAGCUAUGGUUCAUGAACUACUUGGUAUAAAGAACAAUCGAAUUGAUUUGUCAAACGUUCCAGGGAUCAGUAAAGAUCUUCAGGAAGUUGUUCUGUCUUCGGAGCAUGAUGAAUUUUAUCAAAAGAAUAAAUAUUUAAACUUUGGUGAGAUUGCUCAGAACAGUAAGGAGUUGAUGGAGGAGUUUCAAAAAACUGUCAAAAGCAAUCAAAAAUUAGACUCAAUUGCCGACAUGAAGGCUUUUGUUGAGAAUUAUCCUCAAUUUCGUAAGAUGUCUGGUACGGUGACAAAACAUGUGACUGUGAUUAGCGAGUUAUCACGUCUUGUAAAUGAACAUUGCCUUCUUGAUGUUUCUGAACUCGAGCAAGAUUUGACUGUACAAUCAGACCACAAUACUGCUUUACAACGAGUGCGACAUCUGAUCGAGAAAAGCAGAGUACGUGAUAUUGACUUGAUGAGAACUGUCUUGUUGUAUGCAUUACGAUAUGAGAAACACUCCAGUAAUGAUGUUUCGGGGCUUCUGAGCUUGUUAGCAAGGCGUGGAGUCAGUGAUCACUAUCGCAGGAUUGUUUCCGCAAUUCUUCAGUAUGGUGGUAAAAAUGUCAGAUCAAGUGAUCUUUUUGGUCAGAGCAAUACACCAAUGUCGCUCAGUCGACGACUGUUUAAAGGAUUGAAAGGUGUUGAAAACAUCUACACACAACAUGUUCCAUUAAUCCAAGAAAUUUUGGACAAUCUUAUCAAAGGAAAGUUGAGAGAGAAUCAAUUCCCAUAUCUUGGGCCAUCUCAACUCAGAGAAAGGCCUCAAGAUAUCAUCGUGUUUAUGAUUGGUGGAAUUACGUACGAGGAGGUGUUAGUUGUUCAUAAUUUAAACAAAACAGUUCCCGGAAUAAGGAUCGUGCUUGCUGGUUCGACCAUACAUAAUUGUAAAAGUUUUCUUGAGGAGGUCGUUCAAGCCACGGGAAUUGGCGGUGAAGAAAGGCGACAAAAGAGUUCAGCUGGACAGCGUCAUGGCCCCGCAAUGUUUUAGCAAAAGCGAUGUUGGCA